AUACGAAGCACCGCUCCAGCAGAUCCGGCCACCACGACUCCUCCCUCACCGUCGGCCUCACCUCAACCAGACACCUCAGCGAAGCCCACCUCCAAGUGGGUAGGCUAUCACUCCCUCUUUCUCGCCUUCCUCGUCUACGCCAUUGUGGUAGUAGGUGGGCUCACCCGCCUCACAGAAUCCGGGUUGAGCAUCACAGAAUGGAAUCCAGGCUUCAAGGGAAUGUGGCUGCCCACGACCACCGACGAGUGGGAGGGCGAAUGGGCAAAGUACAGGCAGACGCCAGAAUUCGUGCUUCUCAACAGCAAAAUGAGCUUGGAAGACUUCAAGACCAUCUACAUGUGGGAGUGGUCCCAUCGCAUCCUGGGAAGAGUCAUCGGACUGGCAUACGUGCUCCCCGCCGCCUUCUUUGUUGCGAGAGGAAUGGUCAAAUCUCCUUUCAGAUCCAAGCUGCUCCUCAUCGGUCUCGGUAUUGGUGCUCAGGGAGCCAUGGGCUGGUACAUGGUUAAGUCGGGCCUCGCUGCUCCUCAGGGAACCCUUCACCAGCCACACUCAGACGCCCUCGCCCCACCCAAGACGUCUUCCACACCAGCGGCCUGGACACCCCGUGUCAGCCACUUCAGAUUGGCAGCUCAUCUCGGCCUUGCCUUCCUCGUCUACGCUGGCAUGCUCCGUACAGGGCUCUCUGUCCUUAGGCAGUACAACCUCGCCAUGAAUGUCGGCAAAGCCAGUGGGCUUAAGGCCGCACCUGGCGUACGCGACAAGCUCGUCGCCGUCCUCUCCAAGCCGCAAGUGCUGCGCUACCGUCGCUUCGUGGGGGCAGUCACCGGCCUCGUGUUCGCUACAGCCAUGUCUGGCGCGCUGGUUGCUGGGCUAGACGCUGGGCUGGUGUACAAUGAGUUUCCCACGAUGGGUGAUGGCAGGAUCGCCCCGCCCCUCGAUGAGAUGUUCGACGAGCGCUAUACCCGAUCAAGCGGCGCAAGCAGCCGCGACGACGAGGCAUCAUCAUCGUCACUCGUCUUGCACAACCUGACUCAGAACCCUGUCACUGUUCAGUUCGUGCAUCGCUGCCUCGCCAUCACAACCUUCGCGCAUGUAGCUGCACUGGCAUGGAAGACUCGCAACCUCUCGGCCACCAUGCGUCUUGCCGGCACCGCUUUGCCUCCCGCCGUGCCCAGGCUAGCAUACCUGGCCUUGGGGGCCGCAACUGCUCAGGCCACACUCGGGAUUACGACGCUGAUCUACAUGGUGCCCAUCGAGCUGGCGAGCGCGCAUCAAGCUGGCUCUGUGGCAUUGUUGAGUGUGAUGCUGGCACUGUGGGGAACGUUGAGG